CUCAUCCCACAACCUUUGAUGGACUGUCAGACAGGUGGAAUUAUUGGGCUCUAAGCCUGUUUGUAGGCAGUUCCCAUCAUUUCCUUAUUUAUGGCUUAAUUCCCUUGGAACCGGUGGAUCCAGUUGAGUAUUCGCCCCAGCCUGACAUCGAUUGACCCAGGUGUUGAACAGGCACAGGUUUCACUUCACUAUGUCAAAGCAGUUUCAGAUCAGAGGAAGAAAUCUAAUAGUCGGGGGGAAAGCGCGUAGACGCGUGUGAAAUGGAAAAGCUGACGGGCUUGUUCGGCGCAAAGGAAGUCACCAAACGAUAGAAACCCAAGAAGCAGCUUGCUUCCUAAGUUUUUUUUUUUUUUUUCUUCUUUUUUUUUUUCAUUUGGGGCAAGAUCGUCCCCUGUUUGUGACCAAUAUGAACUCCAGUUGAACAUGACAGUCAUCAGAGGACUUCUUCAUCAUCACAUUAGACUCUGAAAAGCCUCUGUCAUUGGAAAUAAUUUCACGCGUUUCUUUUUCUUUUUUUUUUUGCGCAAGGAUUUCUUUGGAGACUUACUUGCGUUUUCACAGGGGGGAGACCAAACAAAAAGCUCUACCCCCUGAAAAUGGACAUGGAGGCGUCGAAUGGCUAUAUUGCGAGUAAUGGCGACUGCUCUCCCAGGAAGGAGAACUCGAGAAUGCUGGUGGACCUGUCGACCAGCACACCCAAUGGCCAGCGUUCCAAAAGUCCUGAUUCCCCUGCUGCACGCACAAUCAAACAAGAGGAAGGUACAGAGGAGGAGACGGAGAGAAGGCCCAGUGGUCCAGAUGAGGCGGGCCACAGCGGUGAGGAAGGUUCUGGAUUGGAGGAGCACAUGAUUGACAGUCCAAACAACUUACAAGAUGCUGGGCCAGGAACAGAAGUGCAGAAUGACACGGGAAUAAGACUGCCAAAUGGUAAAUAUAAUGGUGAACGGCCGUUCCAGUGUAACCAGUGUGGGGUUUCAUUCACUCAGAAGGGCAACCUGCUGAGGCACAUCAAACUCCACACGGGAGAGAAGCCCUUCAAAUGCCCGUUCUGCAGCUACGCUUGUCGCCGUCGUGACGCCCUGACUGGACAUCUGCGCACACACUCAGUGGGCAAACCACACAAGUGCAACUACUGUGGGCGGAGCUACAAGCAGCGCACCUCAUUGGAGGAGCACAAAGAACGGUGUCAUAAUUACUUGCAGAGCGUCGGAAUGGACUCCGCCUCCAAUCCUGGCCCAUAUCCAGGGGACAUUCCAAAGGAGCAGAGGUCGCUGGAGUCCGCUGGCAUGGCGGCUUUUGACCGGCCUCCUGUAAUUGAAAGACUGGGGAACGUGGGUAAACGGAAGAGCACCACGCCACAGAAGUUUGUGGGUGAGAAAAUGGUUCGCUAUUCGUACCCUGAACUGAACUAUGAGAUGGGCCUGAAGUAUGAAAAGGAAGCGGAGUUGAUGCAGGCCCAAAUGAUGGACCAUGCCAUUAGCAAUGCCAUCAACUACCUGGGCUCUGACUCCUUAAGGCCUGUGGUCCAUCACCCAUCCCUCUCCAUGGCCGAGGUGGUACCAAUGGUGAACCCGCUAUUCCAUCCGGUGUACCCGCUCGGCCCACGCAUGGACAGGCCCAGCAGUCGAGAGGCUCCACCAAUGCCCCACCCUAACCCAGAGUUCCCGCACCCAACCAAUGGCGCAAUUUCCUUGGUCAGGCCCAAGAAUCCUCAAUUGGCCCGAGACGGGUCGCCGUGCCACAGUGGACCGGAUUCGGCCGAUUCGGCACGGAGCAGCCCCCGGGACAAGCUCAGCGCUGCCGGGCACAGGUCGCGAUCCAGCCCGGGGUUCGGCCGGCCAGAGGAAGGGAGGGCGAUCGACGCCAGCCGGUCCACCCCGAGGGAUGGCAUCCGCGUCUUCAGCCGCGAGGGCCAGGAGCUGAGGGUGUUCCAGUGCGAGCACUGCCGCGUUCUGUUCCUGGACCACGUCAUGUACACCAUCCACAUGGGUUGCCAUGGUUACAGAGACCCGCUGGAGUGCAACAUCUGCGGCCACCGCAGCAAAGAUCGCUACGAGUUCUCCUCGCACAUCGUUCGUGGAGAACACACCUUUCGUUAGCACUCUUGCAGUCGAUUUACUGCAGACGGCACAAGUUUACGGCCGAAGCAUUACGUGAGCACCAAUCGGCAGAUAUAUGAAGGUUUGGGUCCAAUAGAAUUGUUUUUUUCAUUUUGGAGCUGUUUGAAGAUUUUUGUUCUGGGUGAGGGGAUGAGUAGUUUAUUUUGUGAAUGUUUCGCUUGACUUUUUUUUUUUUUUUUUUUUUCAAAACACAUUUUAUUGUUGUGUAUGUACUGAACCUUCCAGCAGAGCAGCUAUGUGUUAUCUAAAGUUGUGAAGUUCUUUCCCUUUUUUUUUGUCAUCUUUAUUACCUCGAUGCAUGCUAUCAUUUCUGUUUCAUGGACCAGGUACACAGAGAAACCAGAGGACCACUGGAGAACUAAACCGUUUAGUUUUGUGUAAAAAAAAAAAAAAGAAGAAAAAAAAAAAAGACUAAUUCAUAGCUUCAUGCUGCUGUGGCUUCUUAGUGCCUUGCUGAUGUUUUGAACGGCACGAUUUUGCCUUUUACAGAGUGGUUUGUAUCUUUUUAGCAUCUUUUCUCAUCACCCGCUCCAUUCCGAUGAAGUUCUCGGUUCGUGUGGGCCGAAGCUUUGGUUUUCGUGCUAAUUUCCUGUUCCUCAUGCCGGUGCUAUGCUAGUUUCACAAAAGCAGUCCUGUAGUUGGCACGGUCUUUCCGACAGAUUACAAUGAAAUGUUGAUGACAAAUCUCGUAGAUUUGUACGGGAGACCGAAGUAUUUUUUUUGCCAUGUUAAGGACAGGUGAGUUUUCCGUGCUGUUUUGCUUCUGUUGCACACUUACUAUCAUCUCUUGCGUUCUUAUGCACUUCGCUGAAAACAGCACUGCGACAUGCCUUGAUAAACCUGUUUUUUGCACUAUUAGCUUGAGGCCUUGGGCAAAAAUAUGCUAUUUCCAUGCUAUUGAUAAAGGGAACAAAGAUCAUUGUUUAGUUCAGCUAGUCCCAGUGCAGUAGUUUGAACAAGUCUGCAGAUAUAUUAACAUGCUUUACCAACAGGGUUGCCAUAUUUUUGAUUGAAAUCUGUGAAUUUCACUCUGCCUUUCAGACCGAAUGCCUCAUUAUUAAUGCCUUGUUAAAUAAAUCUCCUCUGACUGUCUUCAGUGUUACAGCACAAAGUCUUUAGAUUCGUAAAGAGUCUAGAUUUUCAGUUUUUAAAUGACAAAUGUUGUCUUUUUAGCCCGCACAUGGACCAAUGUAUUUGUUAUUGAGCCAGGAGCUUAAAUAUUCACCUACAUGCAUUUUUCGUUUGCCUCUAGUUAGCUAAUAUAUUUUAUCUUAGAGAGACAAAUAGAUAACGUAUGCGCAGUUACAAAUGACUAAAAGGAGUCUGUCUGAUACUGGAACAAUGUAGAUCUUAUAAACCUAAUAACAACUUCUAUAGAUGCUAGAAGAUUGCUGUCGAGAUUUCAUCACUAACCCGGACUGCACGAGAGCUUUACAAGAUAAAACGCGGUUUAUUAAUCAAACAAUGUUUCGCCCCCUCCAACUCUUUAGAAUUUUCCCAUGCUUGAUGCAGAGACCUGUUCUCAUUAUUUUCAGGGCAUUAAAAUGCGUCGUGAAAAUUUAAACUAUUUGUUUUAUAAUGUUCACAGUCGUGUGUGUCUUCCCUUUUUACUUACUCUUUUUUUCUUUCUUCAAUGUUGUUGAAUAUUUACAUGAAGCGUUCUGUAGCACAACCGUAAAUCAAGCUUCAAUCAACGCAUUUGUCUCAACGUGUACUACUGUUCAGAAGCUCCCUUGUAUAUUUGUUGGGCUUUUAUGUCAGUGCUACAAGAGCUUAACAUCACUAUCAGACUCUGUUGUACCUAUUGUUUUAAAGCUUUGCUUUUGUCUUCUCUGCUUUGAGGAAAAGUCCAAAAAAACUGUGAAUAUGCCCUUUAAACGUUAUGAGGAAAAAUACAUAAAUGCGUUUUAUUGUUCUUUAAAUAAUAGCUUUGCCUUUUUUUACACCUCCAAAAAAUGACAACGCGCACACAUAUCACCUCUUAAAUCAUGAAACAUUUUGAAGAAUUUUAUUUGUUCUUGUGAAGCAUGAAUAUCUUUAUGAAUUUUUUUGUUUGUUUGCUUUUUUUGGAUUGGUGUCACAAGCAGGCAUGAAAUUGAAUGUGCUCCACAAUUCCAGGGCAUUUUAUAGAAUUAUUAUCAAAGCUUAUUGUAUAUUAUACAUUGUGUUUGUUUAGUUAAAAAAAAAGAAACAAGGUGAAGGAAACAUUGAUGUAAGACUAUGUUUACAACUGAAUGAACAAGAGCACAUGAACAGAACGUGUUCUUUCGAUGAGUCCACACGUAUGGGAGUGGAGAGUACUUGAACUUACAAGAAAGGCACUCUAGAGUCAGGUUUCACUUUUUACCUUAAAGUGUAUGGGACUGCUAUUUUCUCAUCUGUAUAAAUAUAUAUAUUUUUUGUGAGAGAAAGGUGUUUUUUUAACUGUUCUUAUUCACUGUGGACCUUACAAACAGUAAGACAAGGGUUUGCAGUGUAUUUUUAUACAAGUGAAUAAAUGUAUGUAUGAAUUAUAUACAGUAUAUUUUGGUAAAAAUGUUGAAAGGGGUUAUCUUUUGCUGUGUGUCGGUUCACUUUUUUGGGUUUUCUCAGGUACAGUGUUGUCAAAAAUCUUCUUAAGGCAUUUGUAUGGAACUGUAGGAGAGAAUUGAAUUAAUAUUGAAUUGUUUAGCACUAUUUGACAAAGUAAAAUAUCCAAAUAUAUAUAUAUAAAUAUUUUUUUUUUAGAUAGAAAUCUUAAGACCAAGGUUUACUGUUUCUAAGGUUGACUUUUGUAACCUUGGCAUCUUUAAGGAAAGUGUGUCGUUCUAUGUUGGUUUUUAAAGCAUGGGCUUUUCUGCAUUAAAUACUGUCAUCAUAUGAACCUGA